AUUGGAGAAUAAAACCAAUCAAUAGUACUCUACAUUUUUUUUCAGUUACUUUAAGUCAUAGAAAAGUAGCUCAGAGAGAAGGAAAAAAAAAAGUAAUAGAAAGAGAGAGAAAUAAAAAUAAAACAUAAAACAAAAUUGUUGUUUCUAUAACAACAAUGUCACUCUUCUACCUUAAAACAAUUCCUAGUUUACUUUCAAGGUUUCUCUUGUUGAGCAUGGAUAUCUUCUUCUUUUUCAUCUACCUUACUCUGUUUUUGUGAUGGAUAGUUUGAUUCUGAGGAAAGUUGAUACUGUUAUUGCUAUAAAAAAAUUGGGUUUGAGUUUGUGAUGGGAAGUAAUAGUAGAGGAAAAGAUGGUGAAGGAACUUCCGGAAUUAAUAGAUUUGAAGAUGAUGAACAAGAGAUGAAUUUUGUGCCUUCUGAGAUACUUUUUCUUAAUACCAAUGGAUUUGUAGCUCCCUUUGUCAUGCCACAGGUUCCUGGCAUGCAAAGACCUGGUGGAAUGAUGGCACAACCUCAUCUGUCAUAUGUAGAAACAGUGAUUCAUCAAAGGUACAAAACUGUAAGGAUCUCAUGGUUUCAUGGAGGCAUCAAUGUUACUAUUGCAGGAUCAUGGAACAACUGGCAAACAGAGGAGGCCUUGCAGAAUGUAGGUGAAAAUAACUUUGUCAUUGAGAAAACUCUUCCAAUAGAUAUCUAUUAUUACCGUUUCAAUGUAGAUGGUCAAUGGACACAUGCUCCAGAAUAUCCAUCAGGUUUUAAUCAAGAUUCAGGUUUUGGGUACAAUAUAUUGGAUUUGCAGGAUUAUAUCCCACAAAGAGUAGAAAAUGAAGUUGCAGAUCCACCAUCACCGGUAUCUAGUUACGACAACAUAUAUGAAAUUGAAUCCAACAAGCCACCGCCAGAACUACCACCACAAAUACCGGUGACAUUAACAGAAGAGGCUUCGACAAGUAAUGCUGGUCAAGUCCCUAGUUUCCCACACACGCAACUGAAUCAUCUAUACAAAUCUGAUGGUGAUCAAUUUGUCGCACUAAGAUCAACUCAAAGGUUUCAACAGAAAUUUGUCACUACAGUACUCUACAAGUCCCUUCACAGGGAAACAUGAUGCAGCAUUUUGUUUAUUUACCUGCUAUUGAACUUCCUUUAAGUGGUUCAUUUUAGAACAUUUUUUAAGUUCAUUCUAUAAAUUAGAUUGGAAUAGGUAAAUUAAGAAUUUAUUUUCAUUUAAACAACUUUAGGUGUUGUUAGUUAUUCUUGCAGUUAACAUAUAUAAUACAUAUUCAUAUCACUAAUCUGUGGCUUAUAAUGGAUGACACUAAAAUAUAUAAACCCUUCUUCCCCCUUUCUCUA